UAUACCGUACAUGUCUGUCUCAGACAUUAUGACCUUCCCUGCCUCCCUCAUGGUCAAUGAAAGUGUACUGCUGGCCAUUAGUGAUCACAGCUCUGAGAUGAAGUCUCCACAAAAACAAGCCUUCAUAAAACGCCUGUUACAGUCCAGCAUAGCUGGAGAUGUGCCUUCGUGGCCUCCAUACUUCCUCAGCUCCAUUCUGCCUCUACUUCCACAUCUCCCAGUCAGUCACUUUCAGCAGCUCACAUCUCAACAACUCACGCCCUUAAUGGAGAUGCUGGGGAACAGCAGUCUGGAUGCCACAAGGGGGCACCAUGUACUUCGUACUGUGUUCGGCCGGGGGAAGAACCUGACGAGUGACAACAUAAUGAAGUUAGGAGUUCUCAUAUGUUACCUGAACUCUGAGGACUUACAACAGUUAUUGUCUUCAUCGAAUCUCUCACCUGUCCUGUGGCAGCAGCUGGCACAAUGUGUAUCAGAGGGACACAUCAGUGGAAGUGGCAGACUUUCACAUUGGCUUGGGACAGCCCUUAAAUCUUUAAAUGCCAGUAUCUUGUCAACUUCGGCAAUGGCCUCGUUACAUGGUAUGCUGCCACAAAUGGGUGCUUCAUUUUUGGAGCCGUUGUCCUCAAACGAGUUGUUGGAUCUGGUAACUCUGCCGGGUAUGCCAACUUUCCCACCUGCUCAGGCUCUGGAAGGCACGUCUGCAAAUAUAACACGGCAGUUGGAAUGUCUUCUACCAUUCGUCUCCUUGAGGAAAUUAAUGUCAGAUCUAGAUGGAGAGACGGUCCUUCAUCACAUAUCUGUGUAUAAGCAUAUGCCAUGGUCUCACCAACAGGCUCAAAUGCUGUUCAAAAUGAUUCAGCGGACCGUAAACAUCACAAGGGAGUCAAUACUAGAUUUAGGUCGCAUUGCUGGUGGCAUGAGCUGUGAAUGGCUGAAGCUUUGGGUAAAUGAGUCAGGCUUUUCUGAAUUGUUGCAAUUCAUCACUAAGUUGCCAGGAGGACUUAGACCUGGUUUGAAGAAAUGCGUUGUGGUGGAGCUACGGAAACGGCCUGAUAUUGAUCUAAAUGACUUAGACCCCUCAUUUGCUGCAAGAUUACCGCUGACCAUGUUGGAGAACCUGUCUAACUCCUCACUCAAUAGUGUACUGGACUAUGUUCGACAACACUUUAUUGACUUUCUCCAGCUUCCACGACACAAGCAAACGGCCCUUGCAGAGAAAGCUAUCGAUGUACUCACGAACUAUGCCUUCAUCCAGUAG